CAUCUCCAGAGAUGGGGCACCCACAUCUGUGGGCAGCAGUGCCUCACUGCCUCUGGGCAAAGAAGCUCUAAGGAAGUGACCUGCCCUGGGGCAGGGGUGGACAAUGGGACUCCCACAUCACCCUCAGCCCUUCUCCCUGCAGGACCCAGUCACCUAUUCUGAAAUGUGUUGCUCAUAUAGGUGCGAUGCUCUUCUCUCCCUGCACUUUUCCAAGUCUUUGGCUUGGCCAAGGGCAUGCACUCAUUGGUGACUAGAUGGACAGCACUCAGUCCAUCCUCCAGCACCAGUCCUCUGCUUUUUCUCUUUUGUCCACCCUAGGUCUCCCCCUCAGAUCCCGCUCCCAUGGCAACUCCCAUCCCGAGCCCUAGUGAGAGUGAGAAGUCCCCCCCAUCCAAGGAUCUGCUGACCAGCAACACAGCCAGCACGCUGUGCAUCAGCUCCCGCAGCGAGUCUGUCUGGACCAAUGCCUCCAGGAGCAAGUGGGACAUCUACCACAAGCCCAUCAUUGUCAUGUCCGUCGGAGCAGCCGUCUUCCUCUUCGGGACAGUCAUCACCAGCCUGUCGUGCUUCGAAAUCAAGAACAGUGAGGUGUACAAAAUGUGCGGCCCCGCUUUCCUGUCCAUGGGACUGAUGCUCCUGGUCUGUGGCCUCGUCUGGGUCCCCAUCAUCCGCAAGAAGCAGAAGCAGAGACAGAAGUCACACUUCCUGCAGAGCCUCAAGUCCUUCUUCUUUAACCGCUGAGCACCUUCCAGGAAGGCCCCAACCCCACUCCCCAUGUUAACCAUAAAAAGAAGCGUUCUUGUGUACUCUCCUAGAGGAAUUUAUCCCAGUCCCUUCCCUAUAAGAUGGAACAUGCUGUACUGACCCCCAGCAUGAAAGUGAACUUUGUAUUUUGCCCAGGGAACCCCAGAAAAAAAGAGAUCAGGACCUGGUGGUGAGCCCAGUGCCCUGCAUCACCUCAACAGGCAACAGCCAACUCAACACAUGCUGUGCAAUGGCCAAACCAGCACAUGAAGGGGAAAGCAGAGCUCCUGGCAGCCUCUGACAGCAGCUUUUGUAGGGCACAGCAGUGAAGAGGAGACAACCCAGUAUGGUGUGGGUAAAGCUGCCGUGAGCACUGGGCUUCAAAUCUGGCCCAAGGAGGUAUCUCCAGUCUAAAGAACCAUUCUCUGUCUGGACAACAAAGCCUGGGUUAAUAUAAUUGGGCACAUCAUGUUCUGCCCCUGACUCUGAAUGGGACUCUGACUUUUCAGACCCAGUUUGUCUCCCACAGCAUCCCACCUGGGAAGACCUCAGCCCAGUGAACUGUGGCUCAGUGCCUGGAGCCCCGUGCAGGUGAACCCAGAACCAGAGCAGGCAAUACAUGGCUUGAUGCUGAUCAGAGGAAGAAGAGGGGCACAGGAGAGGAGAUCGCACCUGCACCUCCAUGCAUUAUUCCCACCCCCUUCCAUGGAUCACCCCCUUAAAGCAGUGGGACACUCCUGGGAGUGAAGACAGGCUGGCAAAAGGAUACAGCAGCUCUGCAACACCCUGCUCUGUGUUAGGACAGUGAGCAUCAGCACAGAACAACUUCCUUUUGGUUUGAGUGCCACAUCCCUCAGGAGCUGCCACCACAGACAUGCUGGGAGCUCUGGAUAACACCAGGAGUCCCACUGAAAGCAGAGGUUGAUCUGCAGAUAUAACCCAAAGCACCCACAGCCCAAAGUCUCAUGAUGACUGGGACACUCCCCCCAGGAUGGGGUUAAGAUUGGUGGUGUUCUAUGAUGGGGAGCAGCAGAGGCAGCUUCUGGCCCACAGCUGGCACAAGAUGCACAUGCUCGAGGAACACGUCCUGCUGACCCAGCUUGGCUGUGCCCUGAGUGAUGUUUUCUUGCGGUGCACACGUGUCCAGCUGGUGCCAGCUGGUGAAUGGGGUGUUGGAGGUGAGCGGUCUGGCAGCAGACCCAGUAAAUCUCCUCCUGCUCCUCAGCCAUUCAUCCCUCUGAGCAGUGUUCUGCUGUUAUUUUCGGAGCUGGCUUGGCACAAGGAUGGUUCUCUAUUGAUUCGGCUGCAGUGGGCACAGUCUCACCCCAAGCUCCUGCCCAAGGAUGAGCUGCAGCCAGAAAAGCAGGUGAGCAGCAGGGCUGGCAUGGAAGACAGCACAGUAUGAGGGAUGGGGACACAGAGUGGGGUCCUGUUCUGCACACCUUGCAACCAAAGAGACAGCUGGUGAAGUGUCAAUGAGAAGUCACUGAGAUCAGAAAUGUAACAGGAUUCCAUGCUGGUUAUUUAUAACAAGAAUAUUUGAUUUAAUUAAAGCAGAAAUAUCCCAA